AUGUGGGAAUACUACAAAGACAAAACCAUCUUGCUUGCAGGUGGGAUUGAAUUCAUAGGGACUGCCUUGCUAUGUCGCAUUCUUCGAGAAGCUUCCCCGAAGCAGAUAUAUGUCCUUUGCCGGCGUGGCACGCAGGGCGCACACGAGAAAUGGAAGUCUUUAUUAUCGGAACAAUCGGCCGCAACGCUACUCGAGAGCAAGAAAAUCACGGUUAUCAACGGCGAUAUCUCAAUCCCGAAAAUGGGUCUCUGGUUUGACACGUUGGAAGAGUUGGAACAAUCAGUGAACAUCGUGAUCCACGCCACGUCAUCGAUCGAUCUUCUGGGUGAUCUGGGAGAAAUGUCUCGAUCUGUCAUCGCCCCGACCUUGGAGCUGGCAUCUCUUGCAUUAAAUUUCCAGAACUUGGAGCGCUUUGUCUAUGUGUCCACAGCGUACUGCAAUGCCCAUCUAUGGACGGAAACCGACGCGACAGAUGUCCCGGUCAAAGAGGAGAUAUACCAUCUGGAAAACGAAGUAGAACUUGGAUCUCAAGCACUCGCAGCAUGGAGCGAAAUACAAGAAACAGGAACAAGUAGUGAAUAUACCUCGCAUGACUUUCCCUGGGCCUAUGCGUAUGCACACCAUUUGACUGAGCGUCUGGUGACGGAUUUGUUUGCCAGUCACGAUGCAUUCGAGAAGCUACUGAUAAUACGACCAUCCAUGAUUGGCCCUGCGAUUGAAUACCCACAUCCCGGGUUUUCCUCGUCUUCAACACCGUUAACCGCCCUCGCAGCGUCGAUUCUUCUCUACCCCGGUCGGCACAUGCGAAUAGCAGGAAGGGCCAAGAACCCAUGGACGGAGACUACGCUGGACGAGGUCCCAGUCGAUGUGGUGGUCGAUCGCCUUCUGAUGCACCUGGUCUAUGGCACCACAGGGUGUGUCCAUGCCGUCAGCGGAGAACGGGGGCGUCUUCCGUUCAAAACAUGGUGGGCAAGUUUAAUGGCUGUGCGUCGGCUCCCAUGGAAGCUGAAGCCAGUAUGGAUACCUCUAGACUGGCACUCGUCUGGACCUCACCCCGCUGCCGGGAUAUUUAAAGUCCUCGGAACAUCAUUCGAGUUUGCAGAAAACCAGACACUCGACCUGCUCGAGAGGAUCGGCGAGAAGGAGAGCCUUGGGUUAAGGUUAUUUACACCGGAUUUCGAGAGCUAUGAUUUCCAGGGCAGACGGGAUGGUAUUCGCCAAAUUGCAAUAGCAAGGGCUAAGAAGAUGAAGUGGCCUCGAUCUUUGAUAAAGCUACUGAUUCCUGGGAAAAAGGUGGAGCAUAUUUCCUCGGUACAGCAAAGCUCCAACAUAGACCAGCAGGAAUCAAGAAUGGACGAAAUUGCAGCAGCACCUAUGAUGUCCAAAGAAGCCCUCGACCAACACUCGGGUAUGAUACACUCCGGAUCAGCUCAAGGCCCUCAAGAUGACGGUGCUCCUCACGACUCGGACGACGAGCUCAUGGUCUACGAGACUCCCCGAGACUACGCGACUUGGGCGCGUCAGGAGCGCGACCGCCUCAUCACCGAGGGCGCCGAUCCUGAUUCCGUCAUCUUACAAAGCGAACUACGCCAUCAUAUCCGACGACGAGAAGGCGAGUCCAUAGACGACUUCACACAGCGUUACGCCGAGACUAUGAUGGCCAUGAUUGGUCGGGGCGUUUCGAUUCUCAAUGAUCAGUGUACCGCUGAUGUGGUGGCAUCCGGAUUCACAACCGCAGAUGGAAGGUUUUUCGAUUUGGGCCCGGGCUCGGGCGCGACCAAGGGGGAGUUUCGAGAAUUUAAUCGGUGGUUCUCGGAGACGUCGGAAGCUGGACAGACGCAAGAGGUGCCAGAGAAGUGGUUGAAGUUUGAGAAGUAG